AUGUUCAACCAGCAGGUGGAGCAGGCGCGACACCAAAGCAGCUCAGGCUCAGUACGCUACCAGCAAAUGUGUAAGGCAGCCGGACUAGCUUGGCCCUGGUGCCUUGUGCCUCUGAGCAGAAUUUGCCUGCGAGGGGCCAGUGGCACAGAAGAAGUGGUGAUCCCUUGUGCUUCUGACAGUGACUCAGGAAGUGUAGACCUGCAGCUGAACAACUUAGAGGACAGCCAGAAAGACACAGCUAAUGAUGAUUUUGCAGAUCUGAACAUCUCUGACAUCUCUGGACUCACUCAGGUGCCCCCUCCAGAUAGCCUUGGAUCCCUGACUUUCCAGGCACCCUUCAAUGAGGCCAGUGUUGAGACACUGGUCCAGUCCAUCCAGGAGGUUUUACGUGGUGAGCUAAAGGGUGAACCUGAAAAGUUGAAGUUUCUAAGAUCUUUGUCUGCUCUGAGCCAAACUUUAAAUUAUGAUGAAACUACAGAAUCUUUUGUUCACCGCCACGUGGCAGAAAUAGUGCAUCUCCUAAGUGUGCUGCUCCAAAAGGAGCCUCUGGACUGUCUAUCCAGCAUGGUGCGCCAGGAGCUCUUUGUCACCAUCACUGACUUCAGUUACCAAGAUAUGUACCUGUUGUUUGGCUCUGAAGACCGAGAAGACUUGCUUGGUCUUACCAUCAAAAGUAUAUUCUCUCUGCCUGCCAUAGGCACCCUUACCCAGCUGCCGCACACGGUGUCAAGCCAGACUAGUCACCCAGAGCAGAAGGACCUGAGCCGGAGUGGGCCUGAAGAAGCAAGCUCCAUGGGAGCGGGAGCAGGAGCGGAUCCCCUUCAGGGACAUUGGCAGACUGGAACUGAGCCAGCCACCUGGGCCAGAGCAGACCUGAGACAGGGAACUCCACAAGAACAGUGUCUCUACAGACAGACGUUCCAGGCCUUCUCUAUGAUGCUGCAGAGCCUGGUGGUAAAAGACCCACAUCUGGAAAAUUUUGACAACAUUUUUAAGCACAUGGACCCCUGGUUACAGUCAGACAAAGACCAUGAGCGAGAACGGGCUACAGCCAUCAUGGCCCAAGUCCUCAAAUGCUUAUCCUGUUAUCUCAACCUGAAGUUUCCCCUGCAGUUCCAAAAGCUUGGACAUCUGGUGGCUCUGAUGGCACUGCUGUGUGGGGACCCAGUGAAAGAGGUGGCUGAAGAGGCUGCAGAGGGAACACAUUACCUGCUCCAUAUCAUUAUGAAACUGAAAUAUGCCACACAGGACAAAAACAAUGGCAAGAGCUUGAGAGAAAUUUUGAAAAGGUGCAGGGAGCUGCUGGGGCACUACAGUGUCAAACAGUUCUACUCUUGUCCCUUCAAAAUUGUCCAGGUCUUUGAAGUUUUCCUUGAUUCAGAAGAACUCAGACAGUUCAUAAUUACUACAUUGGACAGCCUGAAAAGCCUGUCCCGUCCCUGUACCCAGCAGACAGCAGGAGAGUUGUUGAUAACUUUGAUGACGCAUGCAGAGGACCGAUUUGAGAAGGCACCUGGCUGAAUUGUGGAGAACCCUGAACAUAGAACUGUCUAAAACGACCUGGGUCCUCUGGAGGCUCAUGAGAAAGCUGCAGAAAUGCCAUGAUGUGACCACCCACGAGAAGAUGGCCUAUGUGGCUGUUG